CGCGUGUCAUUUUAUCCCAUCAUCGGGGAUGGUACCAGGCAAUGAGCUGACCGACCCAUACAAAAAUCGCAGCUGAUUCGAACCCCCAAGUCAAUUGUGUAUACUUACACCUCUACAUACAUAUUUAUAUUUACACAAAUCAUUGCAUAUUUCAAGCAAACAACAAGAUCAAAUCCUAGUUGAUCAUCAUCAUCACGAACAAUACUAAUCAUGAACAUAUUCACCAAAAAACCCACCGCCAAAGAGGCGCUUCGAGAGAGUAAACGAGAGAUGACCAAUGCUACCAGAGGGAUAGAGAAGGAAAUUACUGCCUUGCAGUCAGAAGAAAAAAAGCUUGUUGCUGAGAUAAAGAGAACUGCUAAACAGGGAAAUGAGGGAGCAACAAAAAUAUUAGCUCGUCAGUUGAUCAGGCUUAGACAACAAAUAGCCAACUUGCAAAGUAGUCGAGCUCAAAUGAGAGGCAUAGCAACUCACACUCAGGCAAUGUCUGCACACUCUUCAGUAGCUGUUGGCAUGAAAGGUGCUAGCAAGGCAAUGUCUGCGAUGAAUAAGCAAAUGGACCCUGCAAAGCAGGCGAAGGUGAUACGUGAAUUCCAAAAGCAAUCAGCGCAAAUGGAUAUGACUACUGAAAUGAUGUCAGAAGCAAUAGAUGAUUCUUUGGAUAAUGACGAGGCUGAAGAGGAAACUGAAGAGCUGACAAACCAGGUUUUAGAUGAAAUUGGUGUUGAUGUUGCCUCCCAGUUAUCAGCAGCUCCAAAAGGAAAAAUUGCAGGGAAGAAGACUGAGGCUACUAGCUCUGGUAUUGAUGACCUGGAGAAAAGGUUGGCAGCCCUUCGUUGAGCUGAUGUCUAAUAAAUCAUCAAAAGUCAAUUCUCAGAGCUCUGUUAUUAGUUUGAAGUUUUCAUAUCAUUGUACAAUGUCUAUAGUUAUUCAAUUAUUGAUGUCAACAUGUGGUUUGACGUUUCUGAUGGUUCUUUCAGCCCAUAAACUUAAUGGUGUUGAGUUGUA